CUCUCAACGGAAGUGAAUUUGGAGCGGAAGCAUCAGCCAAACAGAGUUGUACUCGCGGGAAAAAUGGCGGAAAUGUGUGGUCACUUCACAUUAUCAACAUCAGCGGUCCUAAACAUUGCCUACUAAAUCUCGUCCUGCGUUUGUUGGCACGUGUGUGUCACAGCUGUGUCUUUACAUGUGAGGAUCUGGGCUUAGAGAGAAAUGCAAGAUGCAAAAAGAUUCAGUGAACUUUUCCACCACUGGCCACUUGAUUUCAAAUCAAGCCGUCACUCAAGAAUCGCAGAUCAAGUCUGUUCAAUGUAGUCACUGUACACUCAUCUUCAAAUCCAAGGUCUGCCUGUCUCAACACCUCACUAAGGAGCAUGGCUUUGAUGAAGAUGUUGCUCUCCAAGUUGCUGGCUUUAGAGCUUGUGGGACUAACGAAGCCAGUACUGACAAACAUAGCAACAGUUCAGGAAAUUAUUUUGAAUGCCAGCACUGUGAUUUUAAAGCUUGUAGUCAGGAUGUUUUAAACAAACAUGAGAAACAGUGUCUAAUAAAACCAGAUAAUCGUGACGUGAUAGGAGCGCUAAUAAUUUCUGAAAACCCGGAGACAAAUCAGGACAAAGAAGCUGCAGGAGCAAAAGAAAUUUCCUCUGUUUUCUCAGUUAAGCCUUCUUCAAAAACCAAAUGCACACUUAACUCACACAAGGAUCUGAAAACAUACAAGAAGCCUUUGCAAACUAUUACCAAAUAUUUUGAGGCAUCAUCUGGAUUGAAGGAGGAACCCACAGUGAAGUUAGAUGACAUCCCAGUGGCUCUAGAUAGCACCAAAGGAACCCUGAUUUUAGAAAAAUCUCACCUGGACUCCAGCCCAAACAGUAGUGGUGUGUUUAAAGUCACUGCAAAGCCCACGAUUGAUAUGUCCAACCGUGUGAGUGACUGUUUUUUGUUAGAUAACCAUCUUUUAGUUACAGACCUGACACCACCAAACCCUAAAGAACAGUUUAAAGAAACAGUUCCUAACAAAGCUCGCAAGAGGAUCAAUAAGGAAAGCACAAAAACCUUUUGUGCUAAGAAAACAAAGUUGGACAAAGAAGAAACAGGGCUUCGAGAGAGCGCAAAUGCACAAACACAACAAUCAUCAAACAGUGCAGCGGUUUCAUAUGAAUUUAGCGACGACGAAGAGGAAAAGAAGGCCUAUCUUGUUAAUGGAAAUGCAGAAAGCCCAGAAGUGUAUUUGUGUAAGCACUGUGACUACAGUGAUGGGAGCAUCAGACGUGUGUCUACCCAUUAUCAGAACGACCACCCUUACAUAAGAUAUAACACUGGCUACAUUCAGGAUCCGAGUGAUCAGAGUGCCACCUUUCGGUGCCUGGAGUGUCCAGUUGAGUUUUUUAGUGUAGCUGACCUCAAGAAACACUACACAGAAAAUCAUCCGGAUGCCCUGAAUGUAUUCGGGAUGCAGUCAAAUGAGCUCUGUUUGGUUUUCAAAUGUUUUGUGUGUCAGUUUACCUCCAAUGCAUUGAAGGACUUGAAAGAACAUUACAAGGAAAAACACCCAACACAUGAAGUGGAUAAUUCCUUGAUGUACUGCAGAUAUUCAGUGACCAGAUGUCAAGAGGAACCAUCACAGUUGAAUACAUGUGAAAAAGUGAUCACUUUAGAAAUGCCUCAAGAGAUUUCCCAUGAGGGUACCAGUACACCAUGUAAGGAAGUCAAAAAUGUUCCCUCACCCCAACAUCCCACCUCCAGCGGAGCAGACGUGGUGUUGUAUCACUGCAACAACUGCAAGUUUAGUCAUAAGUCAGUUGUCGUUAUGCACGUCCACUACCAAAAGAGCCACCCAGAUGAAGCAGUCACAAUAGACAAAAUCAAACAGUCGGCUCAGGUCAUGUCGCAUACGACUUUGCAAAGCACACCUGAUAAGUCUAUUAGCUCUGUGCCAAGAAUAGAAAAAUCUACACCUCAAAAGAACAUCUCAAAUUCUUCAAAGGAAACAAGAAACACAGUGGUGCUUUCGAAGCAAAAGAAGAUUUCAUUCUCUUUGCAAAAUCCUAAAAGUACGGCAAAAGCUUCGAAGAUGCAUUCCCAGUCUGAUGAAACUAAGAAAGUGGAAUCUUUUGAGGACAGAAGGAAAGGAAAGAAGUCACCUACAAAGCAUACCAGGGAAGUGUUUACUGGAAUGGACAGUUUAUCCUGCAUUUCACCAAAUGCAUUGUUUUACUGUCAGUUUUGCAGUUAUUCAAAUAGCAACAUCAAAAGUGUUGUUGGUCAUCAUAAUGCAAAACAUGCUGCAGAUGGACCAACAGACAGUUUAAACAUCUUAAGGUACAGUGCUGAGGUGCAGAAGAAGAAAUUUAAAAGUGAUGCUGAGGCCUCAGUCAGAACUACAUCUACUGAUGAGGAAGGCAUAGCAGAUGCUUUGGGGAUGAAAUAUAAUCCUUAUGCAUGUGCAGAAAACUUGUUUUACUGUGAAAAGUGCAACUAUGGAAAUCCAUCUGUGCAAGGAGUAAUCAACCAUCAAUGCAAAGUUCACCACGACAUUAAAACCAACAUGGAAUCUGUUAAUGAAUACACAGCUUUGAUUCGUGAUGAGAUUAAAAAAUCAAAAUCUCAAGCAAAGGAACUAUCCUUUUCUUCUCAUUUGCCUCUUCCUUUAAUGAAUGAGGGUGACGAAAACGCAUUCUUCUGCCAGUUCUGCAACUACAGAAAUCCUAAUAUGAAUCUGGUACUGCGGCAUUGCGUAAAACAGCACAGUGGAUUUGAGUUUAAAAGUGAGCAAAUCCGUAGGUAUACUUCAAUUGUUCUCUCACAGACAAAGAAAUCACACCUAAAAACCGCUGCAAGCCAAGAAGUCAAUCAGGCACCUCUGAGGAUUAAAGGAAAUAAAAAGAAAAAAACAAAGAUGUUUGGGAACGUUUCAGCACCACCUUCAAUAAGAGCUUCGCAAACACAGAGGGCCCUUCAGUGCCAUAGAUGCAGAUACAGCACUCAAUAUGUGUAUCUUUUGAGGAGGCAUAUGUGGAAAAUCCACAGGUCAAAUCGCUCAGCUCCAGAUAUUUUAAAAAUGUAUUUUAAGCGAGGAACUUUACAGGCAGGUUAUCACUGUGAUUUGUGCGUUUCCUUUCAUGAAAAGGCAGCAGACCUCUAUGAACACUUCCAGGAACAACACCCAGGACGUAAACUAAGCCUUGAGUAUGUGAGUACUCGGUUAUAUGUUGGUCCUGACACUUGCUCAUCUAAAAAGAAGAAGGAUCAAAUAAAACACACUCUUGAUAGCAGUAAUGGUGAUAGCACUGGUGGAAGUCUACUAUCUGAAAGAUCUGGACAGAAUGAAAUCCGGAAGUAUUCCUGCAGAGCAUGUUCAUUUAAGGCUAGCUCGCUGUCGGGUAUGACACGACACUGCCGUGCUGUUCAUCCCUGGUCUGUAAAGGAAAAUGGCUCAGUUCUCUAUCUCCUCAACAGCAAGAAGCAGAAUGCAAACAGGCAGGUGGAAGACCAAAAUGAAGAGUCCUUUGAUAUCAGCCAAGCACCUCUUGAAUUUGAACAGUCCCCUGGUUCAUCUAAUCAAGCAGUAUCUUCCAAAAAGCUCAAGUGCCCUUUCUGCCCUGGAAGGUUCCUUACCCAACAUGGUCUCAACACUCACUGUGGAAUGAAACACCAAGAAGAUGUAACUAAAAAUUCCCACAAACAGCUAGAAGAGCAAGUGCAAAUCCAAGCACGUGUGCAUGUCUUCAGGUGUCCUCACUGUACCUACGUGAAUACCAAUUAUCAAGGAGUUCUCACCCACUGCCAGAUGAGGCAUCCUGACCUUGCAUCCAGGGCAGACAGUAUUUUCAUAGAAGAAUCGCAUUCACAGAACUGGGAGGACUGUGUAAAAAGAAAAGGUUCUGAUUUGCGACUUUGUGGGUACAUGUGUAAAACAUGUCCCCAAAUCUAUGCGUCGCCAGAGAAGCUGAAGAAGCACUGCCAGGAGGAACAUAAUGAGAUGAUGGAAAGCACUGUGACAAGCAAGGCAUCAUCUAUCAGUAAAAAGAAACGACAUAAGAUCCACAGCAAUCAAGGAUCAGUGUCGAAAGCUUCCUUUUUACGUAAGAAGAUAUAUUCAGUGAUUAGGUGCCAGUACUGCUCUUAUACUUGCACCACAAAACUUGCACUUGGUCAGCACUUGCAGGUUCACAACAAGAGUGCAUCUCUUUCGACGGCUCAGGAUUGUUUCUACAAGUGUGCCCUGUGCUCCAGUUUUUAUUUCAGCAAAAAGCGUCUAGGAAAUCAUUAUGCUACCAAGCAUGGAAAGGCAGCCUUCUUAAAAUAUUAUGUGCCGCUAUACAAGUGGGUCCACAAGAACCCAGUGCCUGACUGCUCUUUAACUCAGCAACCAGAAAACGCAUCUGAGGAAUGCAAAUCUAGUAUGACAACAAAGGAAAACCAAAAAUUAGUCUACAAGUGUCCCAGUUGUCCCUAUGUGAACGCUAGUUACCAUGGCACUCUCACUCACUGCCAAAUGAGACAUCCAGACCUCGUAGCUAGAGCAGAUGAACUUCAAACCAGAGAAAUACUUGUAUCCAACAUGGUCGGGUGUACAUUGGGAAGAAGUUCAAAUGUAAGAGGGUACAUGUGUAAAAAAUGUCCACAAAUACAUGUGUCGUCGAAGAACCUGAAAAUCCACUGUGAGAGGGAACACAAUCGGGCUGAAGCAACAGCCUCUGAACGUUCAGAUGAAAUUGAAACCGAAAAUGAGACUGAACACAGUUCUCGAAGCUCAGUAUUGGAAGCCGUGUCUUUAAAAACCAAAACAUCAGUGGUGAGCACCACAGAAGCUGGCUUCAGUCACCAGUUGGGCAUUCCAGGGACAUGUCAACCGAGCACGCUGUCAGUACAGGACAAGACAUCGCUGUACAAGUGCCACAUUUGUCCCUACAGAGGAUCAUGUCGAAAAUACCUGUAUUGUCACUACAAACACACUCACAAAUUGGAUUCAUUUACCACAUGCAAGCUGCUACAGAGGUAUAACAAAUAUAAAAACACCAAGGCCAGAAUCCUGCCUGAAGCUGAAUCUGAGCAAAGUGCUCAUGUCAAAUGCAAGAUGUGUCCAGACUUGGUGUUUGACUCCUCUCAGCUCCUUAUUGCCCACUACAGUACUUUUCAUAGCACGGGUUGCAUACAGGACUUCAUUGUUUUAUCACAAGCAUCAAAGAAGACUACAGGGCUCUACAGGUGUGCGCUCUGCAACAAACAAAUGAAUGGCAUUAGAAAGCUGUGUCAUCAUCUGGAAAACCACAGAGAGAGGGAGAGAAAGAUGGCAAGAGCUACAAAGGCGAUCACGACAACACGAGAGGCCACAUCCAUUGAACUCUGUAAGCAAGAUGAACUGCCCAUGUUAGAAACUGUGGAGGAGCUGGCCCAGUGGAAUGUGACACCAGUGGAGACCUUCACAGUGCCACCAAGUCCUCCGUCGUCCCCUUCAAAAUCUGCUGAUCUAGAGCCAUCAGAACUGAACUCAAGAGAAGACAAACUGACGUGCAAACAGUGUGCACGGACAUUCAUGUCCCUGAAAGGUUUGCGUUCGCAUGAGCGGAGCCAUGCGGCAUUGGCAGCCAUCAAGAAACUGAAUACUACCUCAGCGUUAAAGCACAACAUUAACAAAUACAUCCUCUACAAAGCUGGGACUCUGCGGCCUUUCAUGUGUAGCUUCUGUUCUUAUCGGACAACCGUCAUGGGCUUGUGGAGGAGUCAUUUUAUGAAAAAACAUAAAGAUGUCCUUACUGAUGCCGCUGAAACUAACAACCGAGAUGAAGAGAGCACUCAGAGGGCCGUUGAGGACCCACUUUAUUCCUCAGAAGAACUGAACCAUUUGCCCGAACUUGAUGAAGAACCUGAAAUUGCUGAAAAAUCACUGUACUUGGAGCCCCCGGAUGUGCAGCGGCAGUUGAAUCACUAUAACUUGAUGGCUCAGGCUGGUGCUCAGUCUAAAACGAAUGUGGAAGAAAAUAAUUUACCUGAUAACAGUCUGCUUUACUGUGAAGUCUGCAAUUUCAGUACUGGACACCUGUCCAGUAUGCGACGACACUACCUAAAUCGCCACGGAAAGAAGAUUCUCAGGUGUAAGGACUGUGACUUUUUCACCGGUUUAAGGAAAACCCUGGAAAUGCAUAUGGAGGCGGGUCACUCUACCUGCCAGUCAGGACCUACUCAUCAGAAAGACCUCCGUUGCCCUUUCUGUCUCUACCAGACGAAAAGCAAGAAUAACAUGAUCGAUCACAUUGUCUUGCAUCGCGAUGAACGUGUUGUGCCAGUAGAGGUGUGUCGCUCGAAGCUGUCACGUUAUCUUCAAGGCAUUGUAUUCCGCUGUCACAAAUGCACUUUCACGAGCGGCAGUGCUGAAAACCUGCGUUUGCACAUGAUGAAGCACAACGAAAUCAAACCCUACAAGUGUCGGCUGUGCUACUUCGACUGCACUCAGCUGAGUGACUUGGAGGCACACCUGACUGAUAAGCAUCAGGUUCUGAGGAAUCAUGAGCUUGUGGGUCAGAUCAGCCUUGAUCAGCUAGAGACAAGGGUUGGGAGGAUGCAACAAGAGGAAUCUAUGACAUCUGACAUGCAGCGCCACGACAAUGACAGUGAGGAUGUAAAGACUGAGGAGUUUAUUUUGGACUGUAAUGAAGAACCACACGUGGCACAAGCUAAUAUUGUACAGAUUGAGGAUUCAUAUUGUAAUGAAGGGCAGAAUGGAAAUCAAAAAAUCCCUGCCAAGUGCUGCCUAAUAGACCUUCAGCAGGAGAAUAUAAAACCAAACACCACUGUUGAAGAGAAGCAGGAGCAGGACCGACAAGAACAUGCAGAGACUGUGUUGUCACCAGAUACUCCAAGAGGAGAGGAGAUUGAAAAUAAAGCAGAACAAAAAAUUGAUAAAGGGAACAAUACCAGUGUCCAAUACGAGUAUUGCAGCUAUCCAGAGAAAGAUAUGCAGACAAAUAAGAAUCAAACCCAACCAAAAAUCAAAGAUAGUGAGGACAAUAUUUUGACCUUCACACAACUAAACGAGUCUGCAGAGGGGAGCUCAGUAACAUUUGGUAAAAUUGCUGAAGAAACGCAGGCCCACAAGCUUCCCAUUAAGGCGCUAAAGCAUAGAACAUUGAACAUCGAGGCUAAGAUAGAAGAUGACAUACUACGUCAUGUCCUAUGGCUGGAUGAGGAUGGCAGCAUGCAGAAGAUACAAAAGAAGUCAGGUCAGGACAGACCUAUUAAGACAGAGCAGAGCACUGAGCCUGAGGUUGUAAAUAAUGUUCUGAAUGAGCUUUUAUCGCUAGAUAAAGAGGGCAGCAUCACUUCGGCACACAACCAAAAUGAUCAAGAUCAUACAGAGCAAAUUUCAACCCCUGCAAAGACGAAUCACAAGCAGGCAAGUAACAUCAGGACUCAAGAGCAUUUUACAGUUCAAAGGUAUUUGCUAACUCUUGGGCCCAGCUGUAAAGAACUUGAGAUAAACCAUAAGGGGAUCUUAGGUGUAUCAUUUACAAACUGCAAAGAGAAACAAGUGCAAAAUCCAAAAAGCAGCGAGGAGGUGAGAGACACCUAUGGCGAAAUGCCAUUCCUUGAGAAUGAAUGUCUGAAAGAGGAAAUGAACCCUCUCAGUUGUUGCAAGGAGGAAGAUCAGAAUCUUGAGCAACAGCAGGACAGAGAAGGUGAGACGAUCGCAGAGGAUGAUAAGAACCGGCGCGCCCAUCCGGAACACCAGGAGGGCGACGAGAUGAAGGAAGAUGAGAAUCUACAUGUGCCCAAAGGUGCACUCACAGUCAUGGAUGGAGCAGGUACAGAAGAGAAUCUGUUUGUCUGUGAGUUUUGUGGACGAAACCUCAUGAACAGCUCUGAACUGCAGCGUCACAUUAUUCGACACGGAAUAUAAAUGUUAUGAACCAUACUUUGUAUUUCUGAACAACCCCUUUCUAAAUGUUAUUUUUUUUCUGUUCUCUGUUUUGUUUUUAGAUUUUAAACUCUUUAUAAUUAAAUGUUUUAUGGGACAGCUAGUUAUUUGUUGUCAAAGGUCAAAAUCAUACAAAAAAACUUAAGACUGUGAACUGGAGACGAAGACCUGGACCAACCUCAAUACCACUCACUGUGGAAAUGGUUGUGCUGCCUUCAGGUGCUGUUGGGUACCUGUGAGUUGUGUACCUUUCCAAUGAAAAGGUACGUGACUCCACAAGUAAUCAAAUGCAAUAUUAACAGUGUUUAGUUUCGUCUUCUGUGUCAGUAAAGUUGUUUUUACUUUCUGCCAUUUGUCGAAUAUAACCCACAGUUUUAUUAAUAAACUAAAAGUAUGAUUGCUACA